AUGCUCUCAAGACUACCUCUAUACUUGCUAGCGACUUGUGUCGCAGGGGCGCUGGCCCAUUGGGAGACGGUAGACGAAGCAGCCGCGAUAGCUCGCCGGGUCCUCGUGAAGAGUGCCGUAGGCACGAUGGCUACCAUAUAUCCAGAUGACCACACGAUGCUCCCAGGACAACCCUACGCGAUGCAGGAAUAUUACGCCAGCUGCUUCUCCAACGGUUCCCUCGCUCUCAUCUUCCUCCCCAUCUCCCGCCAUAGUCAGAACAUUCUCCACUCUCCGACCCGCUCGGCGUCUAUCUCCGUCUGGAGCGAACCCCCAUCCGCUUCGCAGCCGCGGGUGUCGCUCAUGGGAAACGUGACGUUACUCGAUGACAGGGAUGGGGAGGUGAACGCGCUGAGGGAGUGCUACUUGAAGCAGCAUAGGGACGCGAGGUGGUGGCUGCCAGGAGACGAUGAGGGCGCUCAUCUGGCUUACUGGGCCCGAUUCGACCCUCACACGGUGUACUUCGUUGGCGGUUUCGGCGACGAGCACUAUAUUGGCUACAUCCCGCUGGACAAGUACCAGAGCGCGUCGAGCGACACCGCCGAGCGGCAAGCGCCACAGGGUCAACAGGUUCUGCGUGGUGGCCGGCGCAAUUGA